AGUAAACAAAGCAGGUCUGCGGACUGUAGCGGAGAGAGUUCACAUGGUGACACAGUGCUCCCCCCUGUAGUGUGUUAAUGGUGCGUAUGGGCACUGGGUGUUGUGUGUUACCGACAGGCUCACACAUGUAGACUAGUCAUACAGGUUUGGACGGGAAGCCCUAUUGUUCACUUUUCUUUUUUUUAAGGCGAUGUAGGCUUUAGGAGAGUUACCAUGAAGAUAGUCACACCUGUAGCGCUUCUACACCUGUGUUUAUGUGCGACAGCUGCAGUUUCGGGUAGUGUCUCCACCGAAACGGCCUUGACAGCCGCACAGGGAGACGUCGCUAUACUUCCGUGUUACACCGUCGGUAACGUAACACCUAAUGUAACGUCAUGGAUAAAAAACGGACAAGAAGUUAUUAGAGGGGACAUUUCUUCGCCCAUCCCACUCGGCAGACAGCACCUCACAGUGCUUUAUGACGGGAGUCUGAACAUUCGGGCAGUGGUACCUGGAGAUGCGGGCACCUACCUGUGCAGCUCCACGCUGCCAGGCAACAACAUCUUUCACGCACGUGUCCUGCUAGAAGUGACAAAUGGUCCAGAAAAUAUGUCUUUGUCCAUCGGUCCAGCCACCGCCCUGUCCAACGGGACGCUCAUCGUCUAUCAGGGUUCGGCCGUCUCCUUUAACUGCUCCGGCUCCUCCUACCCCUCCCAGCAGCUGACCUGGGCCUUCAGAGGAGCCGAGUCCAGCAAUCAGUCGCUGGCUUCGGCCUCCAGACCCUGGCUGGACUUCAGGAUAGAAGACGUCCAGCCCAGCGCUCAGGGAGUCUACAGCUGCAAGGCAAACAACACUGUCUCUUUUCAGACAGCCAAUAAAAGCACAGAGCUGCUGGUAUACUAUGCCCCGGACAGACACCCUGAGUGUAUGUGGGCCCCAGCACAGGACCCCUCCCACGUCCUCUUCAAUUGCACCUGGUUCGGAGCGUAUCCCGCACCGACCCUGCGCUGGGGGGAAGACCAGGGAGACCAGGCGGCUGGCUGGAAAGGACACGUUUAUAAGUCAGAGGUGACAGAGAGCCUGUCGGUGUUGCUGAACCGCUCGAUGCUGGCGGACGGGCAGACGCUGCGGUGCAUGGCCCAGCACCUGACCCUCACGGCAGGGAAAGAGAAGUCGUGUUCGUUCAACCUCAAAUACCCGUUUCCCAAUGGCGACCCGAUGGCUUCGGCUCUAGAGGCGUCCAGCAUAACUCUAACCUGCACUGAGGACGUCUCCAUACCCCCUGCAAACACCAUAUGGAGGAAAGGGCUCCAGCAGGAAGACAUCGUCCCCGGAUCCAAGUACGUCCUGACUGAGGAAGGCCCCGUCCUGAAGCUGACCAUACACAAUAUCAGCAAGGACGACGAAGGCGUUUACUUCUGCCGCAGCGAGAACCCCCUAGCUGUCCGCGAGCUGGAAGUUUACCUCACAGUGAAGAAGUCCUCUGCAUACACAGGAGCGAUCAUCGGCGUCUUUAUAGCCGCACUGAUCGUGGGAUUAGCCGCCAUCGUGGCUAAAACUGUUUAUUCCAGCCGACACCGCAUUUGCCUGGGAGAUGGCUUUGGGCAUAUGGAGGAGGACAGAGGUGACGUGCUGAGUUUGGUGGAGUCGGACGAUGAGCAGAUCUUUCAGGACACUGUUCCCCGGCUGCCUCCGAUAGCCAACGGAGUCACGACAACGCUCGUACAGAUACAUCGAAUCCCAUCCAGUGAUCAUGAGGACACAGAAACUGCUGACCCAAACCCGCAGCAGCAGGACGAUACUGUACGGAUAGAAGAGUCAGCAGAUCUUGUAACAUUUUAGGUAUCAGGUGUUUUUAGAUACGUGUUUCGUUUAAGGUAAAUACCAUUUACUCCCUAGGACAAUGUGAAUACAAUCGGUGGAAGAUACAUGUAUAAUAAAAGAAUCAUUUAUUUUAAUUGUUUAUUAUUUUUAAAAAGGGUUUUGAAUUUUUGUAAGCUUAUUUCUAUCAUUGAUUUGUUUGUACAGCAUUUUGAAUGUUGCUCUGAGAUUUGCGCAGUAAAUGAUGAGUUGAAACAACA